AGCUGUUCCUCUUCGACCUUCCCGAAUGGUGAAGAAGCGCCAAAACUCCAAAAAGAGCCAUAGGAUCAAUCAGCCUCCGGGCUCAACUAAGGCUAAAACACCGCCGUUUUCCGAUGGAAGCAGGCCUACAAGCCGACUGAGCAAUCCAUCCGAUGUAGAGAAUGCCGGGCACGCUGAUGUUCCAUCAAAGACGAAAUGCAACGCACAAAAACCACAGGUGUUCGGAAACAAAAGCUCGCAAUUGAACAUAGCCGCUAAGCCAAGGAGUAAUGGAGCACAUUCGAUAUCUCCCGAGCCUAAUGUCUCUGAGCGAUGUGUUGAUUCUCUUCCAGUGUCCUCUAUUUCGUCAAGCCGUCUCGAUGAUACUGAUGUUCACAUUAGGGAAAUGAUAUCUGAGUUUAGAGAUGAGAUUGGAGAAGAGACGACACGACUCAAGGCGAUUGCUGAUAUCAACUACAUGAUUGGCAGUACAAGCUCGUUUUUCCAGCGCUUUACCAUUCGUAAAAAGCUCCAUUCAUAUGGAUUCCUUUCCGCCCUCGCAGCUCACGCCGAUCGUUCCCCUCAAAGUAAAGCCAUCGACGAAGAAGUAAAUAUGUAUUUACAGUCAGAAAGUCGAGAUGCUCGGAUAAUGGGGCUUCACGACGACAAUAGCCAACCGAUAGAGAUUCUUACGCGAAUUCUAUCGAAAACUAGCGACCAGCAAUGGGAGAACUUUAUUGGUUUGCUGGAAACGAUUGAAAAAUCGACUGACAUUGGUGCAAGUAUUUCCGGGCUUCGUGUCUCCUGUUCUUCGAAUGUUCUCACAAAAGAUUCUGAAACUCAGACAGAUGUGGUCCAGCGGAAAUUGAACAAGGAAAGGAGGGAGCCUUCUCGAAAUUUUCAUGGUAUUCCGGAAGAAUCGGCAGUUUUUUGCGAUUACUCGACAUCCGAUGAUGAAAGCAAACUUAGCUCUCCGGAUCCAACAACGCCAAAUUCUAUCGAUUCGAACAUUAAUUUGAAGAAAUGGAUGACUGCAAUGGAUUUACCAGCGCAAAGUCAAAUUGGAGGAAACCAUGCGUUUUUUCAAUCAAACUUCUCCACUUCGACGUUUUCGUCUGAUGAUGAUGGACCUCUAUCGCCUGUCCACGAUACAACACUUCAGGUUAUCACUGAAGUGCUCUCAGAAGAAGCAGAAAGUUGUGAAAUGCACACAGGGUUAGAAGCUUCACCAUCUGCAGUUUUUCCGGACAAAGCGAAUAUAGCCUUUAUCGAUGAAUCCACUUCUGCUUCUCCGUUGGAUGGUCUUGGAUUCAGUGACAUCUUGACGAUGAGCUUUGAAAUGAUAGAAACGGGCAAAAUGAAUUCUGCUAUUGCUCCAAUCAAUGCAAAUGCUCCACCACCGCCAGGUCCACCGUCUUCAUUGUUACCUCUGAUCAACACGAAUGCACCUCCGCCACCUCCGAUGCCAUCAAUCAAUGGGCAUGCCCCAAACCCUCCACCACCUCCACCACUUCUGGGUAUCGCACCGAUGUCGACGAACGCGCCACCACCUCCACCAAUGCCAGGGAUGGCUCCAUUAUCGACUGGAGCGCCAACACCUCCACCACCUCCACCAGUUGGGAUGGCAAAUGGUGGCCCACCUCCACCGCCUCCACUGCCGCUCGAUUUACUCAAAGGAGCUGUCGCUGGUUUGAAGUCUGUUCCAGGAGGACCACCACCACCUCCUCCUCCACCUCCGCCGUCGUUUAUGUUCAAUGGAAAAGUGCCAAACGCCUUCAGCCCGGGAACAUCCACUUCUCCCGUUCUAUCUCCAGGAGUUGUAAAAUCUGCGGUCGUGUACAGGAAGCAGAAGAAAACGGCGUUUGUAAGGUGGCCAAAGUUGACGAUGCAAAUGCAAGACGCAGGAACAGUUUUCAACGAUUCCCUGUGUGUCGAUUUCAAUGAAGAUGAGCGAACAAAGAUGGAAGAAGUUUUCGAAGAAGCUCCCGUCAAGCAGUUGAAUCGAAAAAUAGCGGGAUCUGUUGGACGAGCUUUUGGAAAGUCGCUGAGAGCAACAACUUCAUCUUCGGAAUUCAAUCCGAUGUCAGCUCGAUCUCCUACAAAUCCUCAAGUUCUCGUGUCGCCGAAAGCUCUGACCAUCGAAAUUCUCAUCAAGAAAUUAAAGCCGAUGGAGUUCACUCAGUUGAUAGAGAAAUUGGAUGCAAAUGACACAGAAGGAAUUAAAGUUGAUUUGAUGACUACGUUGAACAACAAUUUCCCGGACAAAGUCGAGCUGGAUCCUUUCCUGAAAGUCGAGUAUGCAACAUUGACCCAUGCAAGCGAUCAGUUUUGCUGGCAUAUUGCACGAAACAAGCAUCUUCGUCUGCGUAUCGAGCUCUUUAUUUCUAAAGAGAACGUGACGGCUGAGAUUGGAAAGUUCCAGUCACAAAUCGAGCUGCUUCAGACAGGAUGUCAGUUGGCCCGUGGAGAAAUUGUGCAGGUUCUACUCAGAAAGUGUCUUCAAUAUGGCAACUAUCUGAAUCAAGGAUCGAUGUUCGCGGAAGCUGCCGGAUUCCAAUUCAGCUAUUUAAUCCAGUUGCUACAGAUGAAGGGCAAAGGACAGCACACUUCUGUUCGACUUGUUGACCUGAUAGUGGCCUACUGUGACUUGGCAACCGCAGAAGUUGAAGAAGUUCAAUCUCGGAUGGGCUCUGUUCGACCGUUGAAUUUGAAAGAUCUGGAAGAUGUUGUUGGACAAGUUCAAAGAUCAAUCAGGAAGUUGGAAGGCCAGCUGAGAAGUUCAAGCGAAGAAACGCUGAUUGCCGCAUACGAACCGUUUGUGAAUCAAACGAAUGAGAAACUUCAAAACGUGCAGAAUGGUCUUUCCGAUUUGAAAGCUCGUGAGACUGAGCUUCAAGUUUAUCUUUGCGCUGGUAACAUGACACUACAGGCAAUUUUCGAAACGCUCGAGCAAAGCAUGAAAAUCGUUUCUGAUGCUGUGAAGCAGGCAGCUACAAAAAAUCGACUGACACGAGCUUCGUCACUAGUCACACUUCCAACGUCGUCGGUUUCUCGAAGAUCGCUGAGAGAAGGAGAAGUUCUUUCACGGCAGUCGAUGGCAUUGAAAACGAGAGAUCUGCCAGUUGAAGAACUCAAAAAGAUGUUCCUGCAUUCAUCGUUUGGACCGCAAAGAGCCAAAAGAUCGGUUGCAUCGCCGUUGACAACAUCGAAUACUUCACCGAAUCGAACUAUUCGCCGUCGAAGUGGAUUGGUCUCAACAGAACGCGAGUCGAUUCCUGCAAAAGAUGUCGGAUGUGAACCUGAAAAUCCACAAACUCUAGCGACUUCAUCGCAACAAGAACCGCCAUCUGUAUCUGCUAUUCGUCGUGAUAUACGUGAUCUCUCUUCCUUGGUAGGAAGUCCAGUUUGAAGAUGCAAUUGUUCCUUUUUUUAAACUAUUUUCCGAGAAGCAGCUAUUGCAUAUUCGUGAUUCAAAUUACAUUGCAUUUAUUACCGCGUCAUGUUUCUCGCUCCUGAUGAUGCUCGUUGUGCAUCGUAUAGACCCCCAUUCCCGUAAUGCUUCCCUGUAUUCUUCCCAUAUGUAUGGGCAAAAUGUUCUAUUCCCGUAUUUUUUUAAAUUUUCUUUUCUGUUUUGAAUUCAUCUAAGCCAUUUUUAUGUACUGGUCACUGUAGCAGGUCUUCACCGAUCAUUUUUUGUACUUUUUUUCUGUAUAGAAUUGAAGUUUUUACCAUUUUUUUCCUUGUGCUUUCUCAGAUAAAGUGCUAAUUCGUUU